CAGUUGAGGUGCGCAGUUUAAAUCAGGUGUUGGCAGUGAAAAGUUAUUGAAGAAAGAACAAUAUGAAGUCUCUGUCUUUGUUGGCAAUUAUUUUGGCCCUGGCCGCAUGUCAGGGGGCGGAAGUGGCUGAAAAGUUUGCUGCUCAAUCGCGCUCUGUGGACAGCAUUAUUGUGGAUACCCUGGAGAAGGUGAAGGUGCAAAUGGUCAAGGGUUGGCCUCAAUACGGCAUUCCUCCGCUCGCUCCAUUCGAAAUCGAGCACAAGGAAUUCGAUUUGGAUGCCGGCUCGAUGCAUGCCAAAGGCGCCGUCGAUGGGCUGGCUGUGCAUGGCCUGAACGAGUUCGAAGUUAGAGUAAUGAACACGAAUCUGAUCUUGAGCCGACUCAAAUUCGAGUUCAACUUCGCCAGCUUAAACGUGACGACGCAAUACAAAGCGGAUGUCGGUGCCAAUUAUCGCAUGGCUCGCGAUGGCGGCGCCUUCAUGGCGCUGGAGGAUUUGAACAUAUCCGGCCACAUCAAGUACAGCACGGGCAUCGUCGGCAGCAACAACUUCCUGCGCAUCAAGGAGAUCAACGUGAACGUUGUCACCGGCAAUGUCGUCUCCAACAUUGAGAAUCUAUCCAAAUAUCGCAUACUCAACAAGAAAAUCAACGAAAUCAUCGAGGAGUUCAUCAAUCUAACUAUCAAUGACAAUACGGAAUUUUUCGCCGAUUGGCUGGACAGCACUGUGACGCCCAUUUGCAACGAUCUGAUUGGCGAGCGCACCAUCAAGGAUAUUAUUGACAUUAUCACAGGUGCCUAAGUUCUUAAUAAAAUUGUAGAAAUGUAAAGAAAA